AUGCCCUUUGGUAGCUCUGAGUUGGUCACCGGAUUGUUUUGUAAUGCCCACCCCCUUGCCUUGGUAUUGCCAGUUUCUUGUGCAAUAAACAAUCAGCAGCUGUGGGCAGUGUUGGCGUGGAUAUGUCCAAAGUCACUGUCCUCCAGACAAAAGGUCUCUGGGCCCCACAGACCCUCCAGGUCCACACAGGGGUGGAAAUGCUGUGACCUUGCUGGUUUUGAGAAUUGUGUGUCAUUAACCAAGACAGCCACACUUCUGAUGGGUGGCCCAGUCUUCAUCCAAGGAUCGGGGGCUUCAGCCCUCAUUCAUUUGCCUCCUGGCCACCUUUGGCCUGGGUUUCUCUGA